AGGGUGAGCCCGCGUCCCGGCGCCGCUGGCUCAGGGCAGGGACCGCCAGGGCCGGACCUCCGGGCCGGCGCCUCCGCGCCCCCGUCGUCCGCCCCGCGCGCCCCGCCGGCCAGCCAGGUGUGGCGGGGGCACCGGCCGGUCGCGGCGGGAGGGCGCAGGCUGGGCGCGCGGCCCCGUUCCCGCCCCAGCCCGGUUCCCGCGUCCGGUCGCAUCCCGCCCGCCGCCCAGCCUCAGCUGGAGUCGGCCUCGACGCGGCGUGGCGUGGGCGGCGGGCAGGGGUCCUGGCCACCCUCCGGCUCUGUCCGCGCCAGGGCGCGGGGCUGGUGGCUGGGCCUAGUGACAGGUGGGGCGAGCGGGCGGGCGGCCGGGAGCCCACCUGUCAGAGUGGUCGGCGGCCCCUCGGGGUCUUGGGCAGCCCGGGGUGGGGGGUGCCCGCCGCGGCCCGGGCGGAGCCACGCAGUGUCGUGUGCCCAAGUGGGGGGCCUUGUGCCUCGGCGGGGCCUGUGGUCAGGCGGGGCCCGCGUGCCCAGGUGGGGUGAGCCUGACGGCUGCGCGUCGCUCAGCCAAGGGUCCGGGGUCUGGCCCCGCUGCCGGUGGGAGCUGCUGGUGCCCGCAGGGAGCAUUUCCAUUUAGAGAGGUGACUUAAAAUCCCCGUGUGGGACCUGCUUGGCUAGCUCUCCUGUCGGGAUUGUGCAAGAAAGGCCCCUGCUGCCUGGAGGCCUGCCUCUGCCUCGUGCUGAUAAGUACGGUUUCUUCUGUGGAGGGUACGCAGUUAAAGCCUUGAUUUCCUGGAUCUGGUAACAUGGCAAAAGAUGCCAGUCUAAUUGAAGCCAACGGAGAACUAAAGGUCUUUAUAGACCAGAAUCUUAGUCCUGGGAAAGGUGUGGUAUCUCUUGUAGCCGUCCACCCGUCCACAGUCAACACACUUGGGAAGCAGCUUUUGCCAAAAACCUUCGGACAGUCCAAUGUCAAUAUCACACAGCAAGUGGUGAUUGGCACGCCUCAGAGACCGGCAGCAUCCAACACUAUUGUGGUAGGAAGCCCACACACUCCCAACACGCAUUUUGUGUCACAGAACCAGACGUCUGACUCCUCACCUUGGUCUGCUGGGAAGCGGAACAGGAAGGGCGAGAAGAAUGGCAAGGGCCUGCGGCAUUUCUCCAUGAAGGUGUGUGAGAAGGUGCAGAGGAAAGGAACCACCUCCUACAAUGAGGUGGCUGACGAGCUGGUGGCAGAGUUCAGCGCUGCCGACAACCACAUUCUACCAAACGAAUCAGCUUAUGACCAGAAGAACAUCCGGCGGCGUGUCUACGAUGCCUUAAAUGUGCUAAUGGCCAUGAACAUCAUCUCCAAGGAGAAGAAGGAGAUCAAAUGGAUCGGCCUGCCCACCAACUCAGCUCAGGAGUGCCAGAACUUAGAGGUAGAGAGGCAGAGGAGGCUGGAGAGGAUCAAACAGAAGCAGUCACAGCUCCAGGAGCUCAUCCUGCAGCAAAUUGCCUUCAAGAACUUGGUGCAGAGAAAUCGCCAAGCUGAGCAGCAGGCCCGCAGGCCGCCUCCUCCCAACUCUGUCAUCCACUUGCCCUUCAUCAUUGUCAACACCAGCAGGAAGACAGUCAUUGACUGCAGCAUCUCCAAUGACAAAUUUGAGUAUCUGUUUAACUUUGACAACACGUUUGAGAUCCACGAUGACAUUGAGGUGCUCAAGCGCAUGGGCAUGGCAUGUGGGCUGGAGUCUGGCAACUGCUCUGCUGAAGACCUCAAGGUGGCCAGAAGUUUGGUACCAAAAGCUCUAGAACCAUACGUGACAGAAAUGGCUCAGGGAUCCAUUGGUGGAGUAUUCGUCACGACAACAGGUUCUACAUCCAAUGGCACAAGGCUUUCUGCCAGUGAUUUGAGCAAUGGUGCAGAUGGGAUGCUGGCCACGAGCUCCAAUGGGUCUCAGUACAGCGGCUCCAGGGUCGAGACCCCUGUGUCCUACGUUGGGGAGGAUGAUGACGACGAUGAUGACUUUAAUGAGAACGACGAGGAGGAUUGAUUACUCAACCCGUAGACCCCUCUCCCCUUCGAAUCAGCUUCAGGAAAAACACGUAUAGAGGAAAGAAACUUAAAGUGGGGCUUUCUGUUCUUUUUGGCCUACUCCCAAGAAGAUACCCGCGAGUUCUGGAGUUAGAUGUGCAGCUCCAAGUGAGGAGGAGUGUGCGCAGUUUGAGCCUAGCUGCGGAUGUGUUGUGAAGCCAGCGUGCUAAUGCAGAGCCUCUAUCUACCUUUUAGGAUUUUAUGGUUUCUCUCUUUUCUCUCUUUUUUUUCCUUUUCUUUCUUUUUUGAGUUUGAAGCUUAUUUUGCCCCUCAACAGUUGUUGCUGGGUUUGCCGAGGAAACUGUACUGCGCCCACACCAGUGACAAUGACAAAGUGCUGCCCUGCCUCCGAUGUCCAGCACCCAGGUGGUGGACAGCCAGGCUUUAGGAUGAAGUUUUCCAUUUGUUAAAUCAUGCAGUGUCCAAAGAACCAAGCCAGUAGCACAGCUCUACUGUUUAACAAGCGCCAUAUGUCUUAUUAUGACUCCUUCCUUAAAUUAUAUUGACUGUCGUAAUUCCAUCGUGUCUGGACACCUUUUCUCUAUUGCAGCAACAAAUUGCGAAGUAGAUUUUGUUUGUUUGUUUUCUUUUUGUUUGGAAGAAGUUUACUGCCACGCUGGUGCAGCUAUGGAAAUUGUUUAGAAAGUUUGCUUAUGGUAAAUUUGCCUGAUUUCUUACAGGCUACGUUUGGAAACUUUUUAUUAUAUAGUUGUUUACAUACUUAUAAGUCUAUCAUUUAAAGACGUGUACUGAAACAAAUGUUGUAUUUGUUUCAUGAGCAUCUUCCUGUAAUCUAUUAUAAAGUUGAAAUUAAACAUAGAGAAUGUUUUAACAGUUUUUUAACUCAAAAUUUGUCAAUCAUUUUUAAUAGUUCUUUUUUUAUAAAAAGAAAAAGGAAUUUAAGGACAGGCAAUAGUCUCUUAAAAUUUAUUCACAAGAACCCAUUAACUGCACAGUUGCCCUUAGCUGCCUGUUCUAAAAUGAUGGUCUUUUUAUUGAAACACAAAUAAACUUUUCUGUAAUAUUUUAUGGAAUAUAAAGAGACUUUAAUUGUUUGACUUGUUUAACUAAGCACUGUUAGUUUUUAUUAAUAAAACGCGCAUGGGCAUUUUAAA